AUGCCCUCCUUGCCAGCCUCAUGCCUCUUGGCCCAGACAACUAUUGCCUGUGGCAGUGUCAGAAUGAAGCAUGUUCCUGCCUUGACUGACCCUGGCCUGACCACAUUCUACCUAGCAGAUAAUGAAAUUAUCAAGAUCCCAGCUCACACAUUCCUGGGGCUUCCCAACUUGGAGUGGCUGGACCUGAGCAAGAACAGACUGGACACUCCAGGCCUGCACCCCCAUGCCUUCAAGAACCUGAUACGGCUGAAGCGGCUGAACCUGGAUGGAAACUUGCUGUCUGUAGUACCCACCUUGCCUGCCUCCCUGCAGGAGCUCAAACUCAAUGACAACCUCUUGCAAAGUCUGCAACGCAGCAGCUUCCAGGGGCUCAGCCAACUGUUGACGCUGGAAGUGGAAGGGAACCAUUUGCAUGAUGGGAACAUCUCCCCACUAGCCUUCCAGCCCCUCCAUAGUCUGCUCUACCUGAGGAUGGACCGGAACCAGCUGAGGACCAUCCCACCCGGCUUACCAGCAUCCCUACAGGAGCUGCACCUGGGCACCAACCUCAUCAAGGAGGUGACUGAGCAUGUGCUGAGUGGCAGCCACAACCUCAAUGCACUUGUACUCAGCAACAACCAGCUCCAGGAGGACCGGAUAGCACCCCGUGCUUGGAUUGAUCUCCCGAAGCUGAAGACUCUUGACCUAUCUCAUAACCUGCUGGUGCAUGUGCCUUCCUUCCUGCCACGAGGCCUGAGACACCUGAUUCUGCAUCACAACCAAAUCGAACGCAUCCCUGGCUAUGUAUUUGCACACAUGAAGCCAGGCCUGGAGUUCCUACACCUGUCCCACAACAGGCUGCGCAGUGAUGGUAUCCAUAGAGUGUCCUUCUUGGGCCUGCAGUCCUCCCUGGCAGAGCUGCUGCUGGAUCACAACCAGCUGCAGGCCAUCCCACGGGGCAUCCUGGAGCUUAAGAGUCUGCAGGUGCUGCGCCUGAGCAACAAUAAUAUCAGACAUGUGCCUCUGAAUUCCAUUUGUGACACACGUGUGACCCAGGACUCCAAACUUAUUGCCACACACCUGGAGAACAACCUCAUUGACCGGCGCCGCAUCCCACCCACUGCCUUCUCCUGCAUCCGAGCCUACCACAGUGUGAUCAUCCAGCCCCAACAGGGAGAAGAAGACUCCUAG